AUGGAAUUCCUAGGCAUGUCUAAGGCUGAUAUCCAAACCUGGGCCCUAUCGUCGCAAUUCUACCAACCUGCUGACAAGAUUACUGUUGGGGCCGCCAUUAUCCGCGAGGAUAAUAAAGGCAAUAAGCAUAUCCUGAUCUUAAAACGAGCUGCCCACGAAGCUUAUUACCCUGGUGUAUUUGAGAUACCAGGAGGCAAGGUUGAUGAGACAGACCCUUCAAUUUACGAUGCCAUAUCCCGUGAAGUGGCCGAAGAAACAGGACUCACUAUCUCAAAGGUCGUCAGCUCAUUAAAGUCUUUCUCAUAUACUACUGAGAAACAGGUCGGUCAAGGACCCUCUAUUAAAACAAUUCGCAAGGUUGCCUUGCAACUGAGCUAUCUGGUCCAGGUACAGCAAGGACAGGACUUUAUAGUUAACCUCAAUGAGCACUCUGAAGGUGUUUGGGUGACGGCCGAUAAGCUACAUGCUAUACCAAUGACAGAAGAAAUGCGAAAGUUGGUUUUAGAGGCAUUCGAUGCGACGUGGGAGCGUUAA